AUGACACCUCCUAUGUUCGCUUUGUAUGUGACAUGUCUGCUCUUGGGGGGAAUGGCUGAUACGACAGCUCUUGAACAAUCAUCAUCUUUACGUUUCGUAUCAGUUCGUUUUGGUGAAGACGUGACAUUGGAAUGUUUCUAUAAAGAUGGUGUUGCAGUGAUGUUUUACUGGUAUAAGCAAAUUCUGGGGCAGAAACCACAGCUGGUGUCUAAAUUAUAUAAGCAUGACAAAAAUGGUAGUUUGAAUGGUGAAUUUAAGAACGAUCCACGCUUUGAACUGGAUACUACCACUGGUAAAAAUCACUUAACAAUCUCAUAUGUGCAAAUAUCAGACUCAGCUACUUAUUACUGUAUAAGUGGCUAUUCAUACGUGUAUGAUUUCCUAGAGGGCUUUUUUAUCCAUGUAAAGGGUUCAGGUUUAAAAGUCCCAGCUUCGGUCCAUCAGUCAGUAUCUGAGACCAUCCAGCCAGGAGGCUCUGUGACUCUGAACUGUACAGUACACACUGGGACCUGUGAUGGAGAACACAGUGUUUACUGGUUCAAAAACUCUGAAGAAUCUCAUCCAGGACUCAUUUACACCUAUGGAGGCAGGAACGAUCAGUGUGAGAGGAAUUCCAACACACAAACACAAACCUGUGUCUACGACUUGCCACUGGAGAGCCUGAAUCUUUCCCACAAUGUGACCUUCUACUGUGCUGUUGCCUCAUGUGGACACAUACUGUUUGGAAAUGGGACCAAGCUGGAAUUCAAAGAAAAUGGGGGCUCUCUUGUCUUGGUAUAUUUCUUGAGUGGAGCUUUGACAUUCACCACCAUUGUGGUUGCUGUCCUGGCAUACACAGCUUAUAAAAUGUACAAGAUGAACAGCUGCCAAUGCACAGAUCCUCAAGCAAGAUCCUCAACUGCCUCAGCUCCUAAUGUAGAAAGUUACCAAGGAGCAGAAAGCAUCCAUUAUGCUGCUUUAAGGAGGAACAAGGCCAACAGACCGAGAAGACAGGGCGAUGACACCUGGAGUGAAUGUGUGUACUCUAGUGUAAGGCAGUAGAGCAGACAUGCUUUGUUUGUUCUCUCUUACUUAGAAGAAACAAGUUUGUCAGA